ACUGCGUUCAUGAAGCGACGCUGCCAUGUUUCCAGCAUGAAAGACCUUUGAUUUGCGCAACGCCGGGUCGGUACGGAGGCCCCCAAGCUCAACCUCCGAGCUCAGGCGCGUAAGGUUCCCAUCAGGCACAUUGCAAAUUGUACACAAUCAUUAUGGCGGAUCAGGAUGGGAGAGGAGCAGAAAUGGAGAGUGAAGAACCGGUGCUGUGUGAGAACUUAAGCGAAGGGGACGCCGCGUCCUGCGAUCAAGCCUCCAAGAAGACAGACGGUGAAAACUCCGCAUCUCAGGACUCCGCUGUCAGUAACGGGGCCGACGGCGCCGAUGACGAAGGGAAAGAGAUGGUGGACUUGAAAAUUAUUUGGAACAAGAACAAAUACGAUCUAAGAAUUCCUUUAGAUGGAACGGGAGCUAACCUGAAGGAAAGGAUUCAUUCACUCACAGGUCUUCCGCCUGCUAUGCAAAAAGUCAUGUACAAAGGACUGCUUCCAGAGGACAAGACGCUACGUGAAAUUAAAGUAACAAAUGGUGCGAAAAUAAUGGUAGUGGGUUCUACAAUAAAUGAUGUCCUAGCAGUAAACACACCUAAAGAAGUUAUUCAGCAAGAAGUAAAGGCAGAGGAAAAUAAAAAGGAGCCUUUAUGUCGGCAAAAGCAACACAGAAAAGUACUGGAUAAAGGAAAACCUGAAGAUGUAAUGGCAUCAAUAAAAGGAACAAAGGAGCGCUUACCAACAGUGCCUUUAUCCGGAAUGUACAACAAAUCGGGCGGGAAGGUGAGGCUCACGUUCAAACUGGAACAAGAUCAGCUAUGGAUCGGAACCAAGGAGAGAACAGAGAAGAUUCCAAUGGGCUCCAUUAAGAAUGUGGUGACUGAACCAAUAGAAGGUCAUGAGGACUAUCACAUGAUGGCGUUUCAGCUGGGUCCGACAGAAGCGUCUCAAUACUGGGUCUACUGGGUGCCUGCACAGUUUGUCGACGCAAUCAAGGACACCGUCCUGGGAAAAUGGCAGUAUUUUUAAAACGUGCCUCACCCUCCCCCCACCCCCCCCGAACAAAACCAGGAAAGAAAUAUGAAAUAUGAGAGCGAUGAAGAAGGAUAAGGAGCCGGUGAGCAGCCUCCCCCCACUCUAAACACCCCCCCAACCCCAUCGGAAGAACUUUUCACACUGAAACAGUAACAAAAAAGGAGAAGAACGGAGAGAGCAGGAUUUCUGCGGGACGCAGUGCAUUCUGGGAGCGUGUGGUGGCAGUGUCCUUUUCUUGGCUGACGUCAUCACUUUUUUUUUUUUUUUUUUUUUUUUUUUUUAAAGCAAACCUGGCGAAGAAACUAAACGCAUUCAUAGGGUGUGGAUUCCUUUCCUCUCCCUCCCAGGCAUUCUCAAAUAAAGCUUAUUUAAGGAAAAAAAAACACAAACAAAAAAGGAGCUCUAGGACAUUUUCAUGGAGUAUAUUUAUUUCUUUAUCUUUACCCAAGCAAGCUUGCCAAAGUGUAUUCCUGAUAGGCCUCUAAUAGAUUAAUCUUUGCUCAUCUGCCAAACAAAGACUGGAUGUGACUUAGCAUUUUAAACCGCUGCCACAGUACAUUACAGGAAGUCUGCAUCUUAACCCCCGGAAUAUUCUAGAAGCCCAACAGCUGACAUCUGUGGGCACUGCUUUCCAAAUGGCAAACAUAGCGUAAUUGGGCUCUGUAGUUUGAAAUGCCAUGUGAUUUAUGUGGAAAAACUGGUUAACACAUUUGUGGGGAAACAAAACCUAUAGCACAUUCAAAAUAACAUCAUCUCAUCCUGACCUUAAUCACCUUAAUAAUGCACUUAAACAGGAUUUUCUGCAUUCGGCUUAGGCCUUCUUGCACACAAGUGAUCAGGGAGGUACCUUUCUAUGUAUAAUUUUGUUCUAGUUUUAUUGUCCAGUAUAGUCAUGAGGAACGUCUGCCAUGUAGCAGAGCCGGUUUGAGCCAUCGGCUGAAUGAGCAGUGGCUGAUUUUAGCCACGCUUGUGUAUGCAUGUCAAAACACACGUCAUGAGACCUCAGAUGACAAACUUUUAAAAUGGUAAAAUUGGUUAGUUCCUUUGACAUGUUUUGUGCUCGCACAAAUUAUCAAAAAUUAUUUUCAGAGAAUCGAUGAAAUGCAGCACAGAGGUUGGAUAGCUGCCUGACUGUUCCGUUUACCUGAAUGCUUAAUCUAAAAUGGAGGUGGCAAAGCAGACAAUGAGGCACUGGAUUCAUUCCAAUCACUUAUUUUUUAUUCUUUUCUUUUUUUUUUUCUUUAAUGCUUUAGCACAUACCUACCUGUUAAAUGUUCCUCCUUCAAACGUCAGUUUGAAGGAGCAAGGACAUUCUAUUUGCCUAAUUCGCUUCUUUUCCUAGCCUCUCCCAAUGGGUGGAGCUAGGAGAAGGAAAAGAAGGAAGGAAAAGGAAAAAAGAGGAGAAAAGUAAGAGAUUGGAAUGAGCCCACUGAGGUUUCAUGAACUCCAUAAUGGGUGGAGCUGUCAAUCACUGACUUGCUUGAGUCAGUCCUCUUCAUUAGUAAAACACUAUAUUUAAGUUGGUUGAUUUUAUGAAACCCCACUCUCCAACCGCGGUCAGAAAGGUGUAGUUAGACUUUUGCGCUCGACAAACCAAGGUGCGAUGUUAAUGCCAUUUUGGAUGAAAAAGUAACGAUCUCGCCAGGAAGUUAUUGGACGUUUUGAAUUUAAAUUUUCUUAGUGCGAACUAGUCUGCUGACGGCUACUACGUCACGUCUCGAGUUCAGAGUUAAAAGAGCGGGGCGAUGCGCUCAACUGAUCGACUCAGCUUACCGUUACGGAGAAAGUAGCUUUGCCUUCGUUUAAUUUGUUAAGCAGUCUGUCCUCGGUAAUGGUGCAAAGUUUCUCGCCGUGUCGUCCGCUGUUUUUGAUCUGAAGCGGGUUUCUGUGAAUUCAGAAGCUUGGCCAUUGUUUAAAAAGCUCAAAUUUCAAAAUCCAUCUGCCUGAAAUGGUCUCUUUUAUUUGAAAGACUUUGAUUUGAGCGGUACCUCUGAGAGAUGUGCCAGGUUUGUGCAGAAUUUCUCUGUCGUUGUGGUUUAAUAAGGUUGUAUUCCCAUAUAUUUCAUGUCAACCUUUCACGUGGUCCUUGUAAGAGAUGGGCAUGUAACAUUGAUACCUGUCCUAUAUAAUGGCUUCUUUUACAGCAGUCUACUCACAGAUCACAGGCCUUUCACAGUCAGUUGCUUGGACAUUUUUUAAAUAUAUAGUAAGACUAUUCAAAUUUAUGAUUGUAUUUCCAGAGAUUAUAAUAUAUGUUCAUUUCAGAGGUCUAAAUUAAAUACUUUUUUUUUUUUUUUUUUUUUUUUUAAUCCAGUGGUUAUGUUCUAAGCAUACAGGUCUCAUUUCCAGCCCUUUAAUUCAGUAAUAGGCCUCAAUUUGCCUAUCCCAUGGUUUAGUUUGUCCCUCAGUUUGAAUAACAAGCUACAUUUUUAUUUUGUUACAGAAGAUCUCUCAUGAGUUCAGCGGUUGCUGAAUGGAAUUAGUCAAAUUUCAAAGGGCAAAUGGUUUUCAGUCUAGUUUCAUUUCCAUCAUCAGUUUUGACAAAAGGAGAACAACUGUGACGUUGCACCCUUUUAUUUACACUCGUCUGCAACCAAAAACGAAUCAGGUUGAGUAUGUGUGUGGACUGAAAUUAUCCUUCUGCAUUCCUGUAGAAUUUUUCAUAAUGAGAGAAAUGGUAUAUCAAGCGCAUAAUGACAGCUACAUUAUAAUCAUGCGCACAAUGAUGGUUGUGAGGACAUUAUCUUCAUAAAUAUCACAUCCUGUUUUUCCAAGACAUAAGCUAGCAUUGCAACCGGAAGACUGAACCUGCCAGUCAUUGUCUGCUAAAUACACGACUCAAAAAUGAUGCUUGGUCUAUUCAACAGCCAAUAAUCAUUGAUACCAAGACAUUCUGUGGCAUGAAGAACAAAAACUUAAUAUGAACCACUUUAAUGCUAUUUAGUAAAAAUAGCCUUGUCUUUAGGAACACUGGUAAAUGGGAUCGAUGGAUUGGUUCCUUCCUACCAGGGGGAGGGCGGUGCUCCUUCUGAAGGCACACCCAGUAUUUUAUGCCCAUCUAGUUUUAAGGUACAGUCAACAUGUAGCAGCUGACCGAGGUGUUUUUCCAGAAGCGUCACGGCGUUCACACCUCCUGCUCACUUCACUUCUGAGUUUCUUUGGCCAAAGAACAGCGUCAGCCCUGCCGGGUCUCAUGAACAGAUGAAGUCGCCAUUGGCAAGCGACGCCUUGCAUGGUUUGUCUCGUGUUCAUAGCACAUGCUUCGUUCAGUUAUCAGAUUUUUAUUUUCAGAGCCAAUUCACUUGCACAUGGAUGUUUACCGUCAGAAUUUCAUAUUUUUUCUUCUGAAUUAUCUGUAAUUUUUUUGGGAUUCAGCUCAUUCAGCUCAUUGCAUUCAAAGAAAUCGACUGGCAGUUACAAAAUAUUAUCUGUUCGUCAUGCUCUUUCCUGGCUCUACUAACUGGGCAAAUUGAGCACCAAUGCCGAGAGGAGGUGAUCUAAAAUAAAAAUUAGCCAUCUUUGUAGUUUACAUUCAUGUGUGCAUUCAGAACAGUAAAAUGGCUGUUAAUGGGAUUUUUAGAAUGGCUCAGUCGAUGUGCACUGCUGGAUAUAACAGAAUAAACUACUUUUGUUUUA